GCCUCCGCCCCGCCACUUCCGGCGUCUCCGUUAGGAGCCGGGUGGGCACAGGGUGGGGGCUAGGGUGCCGUCCAGCUCCCGGCCGGCGCGUGAGGGUCUCGGACCCGAGCCCGGGAGGGACGUUGGGGCGGGACGACCCUGAGCCGCGCAGCCCGCAGCCAUGGAGCAGGACGAACCGGGCGAGGCGCUGACGGAGCUGCGCGAGCGGCGGCUGGGCGCGCUGGAGCUGCUGCAGGCGGCGGUGGGCUCAGGCCUGGCCGCCUACGCCGUGUGGGCGCUGCUACUGCAGCCCGGCUUCCGCCGUGUGCCGCUGCGGCUACAGGUGCCCUAUGUCGGUGCGAGUGAGCGGCAGGUGGACCACGUGUUGUCGCUGCUGCGAGGUCGGCCGGGAAAGAUGGUGGACCUGGGCUCUGGCGAU